AAUACAAAAAGACAAAAAGAAUUGUAAAUGUAAUUCAAUCAAUCAAUAGAGGCAGACUUGUGAAAUAAAUGUAGUUACGGUUUAAAAUGUUGUGAAUAGAAAUAAAGUUUACAGGCAAAAGUUUUUAGUAUGUUUUUAUGACAUCUCUUUUCGUUUUAGGACACGAGAUGUCGAAAGCUGUUAUUAUUCCCGAGUGUUCAAAGGAUAUAAGAGGUUUGCAAGAGGAGAUAUCUAUAUCACCAACUGAAAAGAAAGAUGGAACAAUCGGUUUAAUUAGCAGAUUGUUACGAUUGGAUUCUUUGAAAAGAAGUACUGUUCCCGAAAGCCCGACAGCGACCGAGCCCCCAUGUACUUAUUAUGGCGUUUAUAUUCCUUGUGAAAUCAAAAAAGGGCCAGAUGAAGAAGCCUUACAUGUAUACAAGAACAAAACGGAGGCGCUGGAACUAGUGCGACGUUACAAACUAGCACGUUUUAAGGCUUUUCACAACCGUCAUGAUGCCGUCUCAUUCGCAUUGAGGGGUGCCGAACCAGUUGAUGCACAUGAUGGAAAUGAUAAUUGUGUUGUGGGAGAGAAGCCUUAUCCAUUCAAGGCACCAUCGCCACAGGACAUGGUGUCGCUCCGCAAGGCGAUCGAGGCAGGUCUCACAGCCACAGUCAGUGAACGAGUUUGGGACAAUCCCCGCUUCCUAGUCAGUAGUGGGAACACACCAGCCAUAUUACAGGAAGGUUCCCGUUACAACGCUUUGCAUGUAGCAGCCAAGUCCAUGAACGCGGAGAUCUGCAAUUUGAUACUGACGACAGUUGGCAAUCCAGCGUUCGUUCAGUCCUUGUAUGGUUCAGAUGCAGACCCUGAAUCUUGUAAGGAGUUCGCUUCGAUACUAGUCGACAGAUAUCUGAAUACACCAGACAAGGCAAUGAACGAGACUCCGUUACACUUCGCUGCCAAGUUCGGUGCAGAGGAAGCGGUUGACGUACUUACGUCAUUCCCGCAGUGUAACAAGCACGCGGUCAACAAGUACGGCGAGCAACCUAAACAUGUUAUAUGCAAACGAGCAGCUAAUGCAUCACCAGAGCUGGUCUCCCGCAUCGAGGUGAUGUUGCAAGAGCGAUACUAUGUCCCAGUGUUACACGCCGAGGACGGCAGUGGAGCACCCACUAUCGGCACACCAUUCACGCCCGCGCAGCCCCCUACAAUGAACGUGGACCCGUUGAGUCCUCGGUACGAGAUUCGCGCAUUCGCUGGCCCCAUGCCGGCCACGGACGCGGCUUCGUUCCGCCGCCGCUGGAAAACUCCGCCGCGCGCACCCUCUCUCUCCGCGCUCUCCGCACACUCGCCGCUCUCGUCGCCGCGGCCGCGCUCUUCGUUCCGAUUAAAAGAUUUCACCAAAGGACUCGAGAACGUCGGCAGAGAACUAGCAGAGGAAAUGAAAAUUGGCUGGAAAGAGUACUGGCCUUUCUUGGACACAUUUACAGAUCUCAGAACUAAUGAAGGUUUAACAUUUCUAGAGAACUAUCUGAAGACUAAAUAUGACAGCGCCUGCUCUCUCGCUUACAACGAUAGCUGUGCUAAUUCACAACUACCCGACGAUUCAUUGCUAUCCCGAAUAAGUCUUUUAAACGUAUCCCAAAUAAGCCCUUUGAGUCCAAUGUCAGAACUGUGUGUUGCGAUGAACACCUGCAAGAUAUCUUCAGACAGACAUCAAGAGUGGAAAAUAGAGAAUAAUAAUGGCAAUAGGCAGAGAGCUAUAAGGCGAUCGCCGGUAACCGAACCGGCACCUAUUAACGGCGAAACUCAAAUCACUAAUCAUACAGUGAGCAGACUUUUGUGUAUAGAAAGAACGUGCCAAGUAUUCGCUAAGAGGAUAGCGGACGCUUUAGUAUUCUCUUUAAACGCUGAACCUGAAGUCGCUGGUGACUCGCUAAAGUCGGAAGCGAAACAUCUACAUCGCACUAUGCUCACGUAUAUGGACGACGAUAGAUUUCGCACGAUAGACUUCGCACUGGUACAUUCCAGAUUGGCACAGCUGGUUGUUUUCAAAUUGAAACAGACAACACACGAUUUGGACGACGUCGAUCGGUCAGUGGAAUUCCUUAUGAAGCUCCGGUGUCCCAAUGAUGACAUAUUUAGUUCUGAUGAUGAAAGGAAACCUGUACAUUACAGGGGUGUGAAUAAAGUUAAUUUGACACACGUGAUGGAAGCUCACGUUAGAUGUUUAGCCAGUUUUAUAUGUGAAGAGUUGACAGAGAAUGAUCCGAUGAAAGGUCCUGCUGUGUCGGAGAAAGAAUGUGCUGAUAUAUGGGAGAAAGCUUCGAAGUGUAGAUGUGAUUGGAGAGUGGAGACGUUGGAGAGGAACAGCAAGACUAACGCUUCGUUCAGAAAAAACAGAUCCAGUUUAUUCACUAGUGCAAAGGGUGAGAACUUUGUGAGAAGAUUGUCGUUCGAUCACGAGAUAGGUGAUGGAAAACUUCAAAACAAUGUCAUCGAUAGUGUAGUGAGUGUGAACUCUCCAGCUGGUGACAGUGGACCAGAGUUUUUCACCGUGAACACAGACAAGUGUCAAGUACUGACUGUUGAGAUAUCUGAAGACGAGUCGUGCGAGUCCUGCCAGUCUGAAAGCGAGGAUACUUACCUGACGGCGUCAGAAUACGAGGACGAUAACGAUAUGACCGAGGCCAGCGAUCGAGCCGUCGCCGAAACAUUUAUAUACGGAGAAGAGCCCACUAAAAUGGAUCGACUAGUCUAUGACGCAAUAUGUCAGUGCCGUAUAGAGCCGUCAGUGUUUCCCAACGUCUACAGAUGGAGGCACACUGUCGCUCUGUACACUCCCGCUGAGAGAGAAGCAUGGGUGGACAGUAGUAACUCGGUAUCUGCCCACUGCAUCCUCGGCCCCACCCCCGACCGUAGUUCCACGCCAAAGCGAGACCGACAUAGCGUGCCGCGCGCCUCACACACACCGCUACAGGUAAUAUUAUAUAUAUUGUGUUACUCACCGAUGUAG